AUGCUUGUAGAGCAGGCAGCUCCAGAGGUGGCUGGGCGCCCGCAGCAGAGCCACCAUCGCCACAAGUUCACCGCCGUAGAGGAGAUGGAUUGCCCCAUUGGCGACAUCAUGAGUGUGCCACUGGACCGCCUUUGCCAAUUGGCAUGGCCACUGCUGUGCUCCAAUGAGGGCAAAAAUAUUGGCAAAGCCGCAGAGGCGCUAGUCAUCUCCCAGACAGACGCAGACGAUGUACAACUCGCCCACACCAUAGGCACCACUGCUAAGGAAACCAUUCACUUUUUUCGGAUGCAACCGUGGUGGGGCCAACUGUCGUGUCACACGUUGCGUAUGGCGCUUUUUCGAAAGUCGCUGCAUUCCAUUUGGGCUACGAGUGCGGUUGUUCCGUCCGGGCAGUCGGCAGAGUCCGUGUCGCCGCUUGUCUCCCUUUUGGCGCUGCAGAACUCGCCAAGAGGAGAGAGGCAGUCACACGGGAGCAUUGAGGCAAAAAAUGCGAAGGCACAUCGAGAAUCAUUGGAUUUUUCCGUCCACAGUGAGGAGGGUGCUUCUGGUAAGGCUCGUAGCUGCACCGAUAAACGCAGGGCGGUACCCAUGGAGUGGGUACUUCCAUACUUUAGUGGUCAGGAGGGUGAUACGUGGUUGGUGGAGCGGGUGCGGGCGAUGGUGGAUAUGACGUUUGUGGUUCAUAGCGAUUGUCAAAAGCAACUCGUCUCAACCGCUGCCCAUGUAUCUGUACAUGUUCAAAGUGACAGACGCAGUGCUCAGGUAUUUCUUUUCAUUUUGCGAGAAGUGUUGGAUCGUUGGAAUACUGUGCUGGACACCACUGGGGAGGCGGGCAUCUUUGGCUUUGGCCUUUUGGUGCCUAUACUCAACAUUGUCCGCUGCACAAAAUUCAAUGGUACCGAUGUGGUGACGGUGGGCAAUUUGCUUGCCACAGUGCGCCUCCCAUCCCGUGGAUGUGGCCUUGGUAGCGAGUGCCUGUCCAACGCUACCUUUGUCACGCGAUAUGUUCUUUCCUUGGGGGAGCGGGUGGUUGAGAAGGCGGUGGAGGAUAAGGACGGGGACGAAGAAGAAGAAGGUGAGGAUGAGACAAACGAAAGCUCUUCACACUCCCAUCUACUGCUGCCGUCACCACUGACGAAUUGGAGGGUGCUUAGGGGGGAACAAAUGGUCCAGGAGCGAUCGUACAGGGUGGAUCACGGCAAAAACGCCAUUGCGUCAACAAUGGUUACAGAUGUGUUUCUAAUGGCCCCUCUGGCCCGCAAGGUGAGUGUAUUUGUUCGUCGGGCCUCCUCUUGUGAGGGAGUACAGCUUUUGCUGGUUCCACGAGCCUCUGUCGCUGCCUCGACUGCUACUGCUGCUGCUGCUGCUUUGGAUGCAGUCGGCGAAGAGGAAGAGGUGAAGGCGGAAGAGGCUGAAAAUGACGGCAAUCUACUGAUAAAAACUGUGUGGUUUGAACCACGUGAGGGUGAGGUCCACGAACUCCUUGGUGGUUGCGACGCCGUGGUGCGGUACAAGCGGAAUCCGGAGGGUUCUACACAGCCUUGUUUACAGGCAGAGUUUCGCGUAGAAACAAGCUUGGAGGUGGAUGGACGAUGGGUGGUUGAGAUUUGGAACACCUUGAGUGGCACCCAGAUGAUUGUGGCGGAGACUGUUUUGCAGAGGCUGAGAAACGCGUUUUCAACAGCUGACGGUUGCAUGCGGGAGGAAUCCUUGAUAUUGUUUUGUAACGGCCUGCUUUCACAGCCGCGGGCAGGUGCUUUACCGACGUUUGUGAAGGAUAUUUUGGUCCUGGACGAGGCAACCUUGCGAAGGCGUGUGCCAUGUCGUCAGAGUGAUGCCCGAGCUGUGCGGGCGGCGCUAAGUCUGAUUGGCAUGUUUCUUGCCUAUCACGAGUCCGAGACGGCGUCGUGGGAGUCACAUGUGUGGAAGGAUGCUGUAAAACGUGUGGGUCUUGCGAGUAGUUUGCUGGGGAAAAAUCCAGGCGCGACGGAAAUGGCCACGUUUGUUCUUCAACACGUCGCACUGUGCCACUUGUCCAUGCCGCAAAUUGUGGAGGGGACCAUCGCUCUUCUAACAUCGAACAUUUCAGUAAGUGAGUUACGGAACAUUUUGUCGACUCAGCGCAUGCGGGCUGAGCUGUGCGUUCUUGCACUCUCGCUUCUGCUACGGGCAAAGGAGAAUUUUGUGCCAAAGGGCAUGUUUCACAUGGCCUCGUUACUACGUGAUUUUAUGACGUGUGAGGGGACCCAUUACUUGUGGCGUUUUCGAGGUUGCGGGGAGUCCUUGGAGGAGAAGAUUCGUGAGGUGGUGCAUCAGCUACUGACGACUGUAUUCACAGCGCUGCACCGUGUGAUGUCGCUGCCGGAGGGGAAGCGAGAGAGGCACGGACCGCACCGAUUUUUGUUGGACACUGACGACUUUGGCCCUUUUGCCCUCAUCACACUUUCGCUACUCGCCUCCCCGCUGGAUGCGCGCGACAUUGAAUUUGUCUGGUGCAAAAUUGCCAGUCAGCUGGAGGGGCUGCUGCCGAACUUCACCGACUUUACGCGCUCUGCCUCGUUUAAGGUGAGCGAGAUGGAAGAGGGGAGCAUGCUGGAGGCGCUCCAGUCCCUUGUUAACGACCCAACGGCGGACCACGAAGGCAACAGCGUAAUUGGCGGCGGCGUGAGUAGUUACGCAGGACGCGGGAGUGACGUGGAUCAGCCUUCUAUUGGAAUAACAAUGACGGGGGCCAUCGAGCGUGGGCUUGGCGUAUGGGUGCCGACGGGACGGGAACGAGUCUGUUCGACCUCUACCCCGUUGUACACGCCAGGGCUGCAGGUGCCACCGUCGUGCCUCUUUUCUACCUCGUCCUCGUCGCUGUCGUCGUCGCUGUCGCUGUCGUCGUCGUCAUCGAGGCCGCUGGUGAAGAGUUCCCUCGUAUCCCCGUUAAUGCUCUGUGUUGCGACGGUGCAGCUGGCGAGUGCACCGCCGCGCGACCUCAUUGUGGCUUUAGCAACGAAACAGCAGAGUGGGCUGACGGCAAACAGCAUGAAGGAGGACUCCAAUGGCUUCUAUUUUUCUCCACACGAUGGAACAUUGUACCAUAACGGCUCUAAGCUCUUAUUGAUACCACUUUUUCAGGGUGACACGCUUGCCUUUGCUUUUUCCUUCGUGCCAAAGACCUCCACACGAGUGUUCCGUGUGCUUGUGAACGGCGUCCGUAUCGCUGAGUUUCCGGCGCCGCGACAGCAAAUGUUUCUACUUGCAGGCGUUACGGGAGUCUCCAACCUGCGCAAUUGCAGUCUGCGUGUGUGUUUCCCCUCACAGAAGGAGAUGUCUUUGGCAGCCCCGGCGAUGACUUGCAGCAACUAUGACGCGGUGCUUAAUGCGCUGCCCACACGGCACAGCAUCUCUGUGUUUGCGACGAAUGUUUUCUUUUAUCUUAUCUCGCUGUGCGCGAGACGCGUGGCGCAAUUCCGUCGUCAAAGAGGAACGGCAUGCGCCUCGGUGCGGGCAAUCUCAUCAGUGGCGUCAGCUAAUCGACUCCACGUGAUACCCACGGAGGAAGUCUGGCGAGGAUUUGUGGAUGGCUGCUGUAACCCUCUGAGGCAGAACAUAGAAAACCUUGUCGAUUCCAUCGCGCGUCUUCCACCCUUAUCGCAGAUCAAUGAUGCAACGGAGCGUGUUAAGCGGAAUGCGGCGUCAUUUGUCUACCACCGUUUUCUAAUGGAUUAUAUUACCAUGACACGCACCGUCAUUCGCUGCGUGUCGUCCCCUGUGGAAAUGCUGUCAACGCUGUCAAAAGUAGUUUGCUGCGAGGACGUUGGCGAGCGGGAGAGGUGUGCGGCAUUGACGAUUGUAUGUUCGUUGCUCUGUGAGCCGCACCGUGUGUUUGCGCGUGACACCUACAAUCCGCUGCAGUUAUGGGACUGUUGCCGCUUCCUCUCACGAUGUGUGACGACACUGACGUACCAGCCGGUCUUUACCUCGAAAAGUGCUGCUGCGGAACUCACCGUCUGUUCCGGCGGCCGGCGCAUCAAGUGGGGGUCGGCCCCCAGCAGUACCUCGCGUGCAAAGCGGAACACCACCUCCUUUGCCUCGCAGGGCAUCCCAUUAGACGGCUCCCUGGGCGACGUGGUUGCCUUUUCCGUUCGACUGCAACGCGGUUUUGCCUUUGACACUCUUGGUCGCUUCUACUACGUCGGCCUCGCGUGUCCCUACCCCAUGAGCUCGGCGGCGACCCUGUCAGGUCACCCUGGCGAAUGGCAAAACAUCUCUCACACGUACACCAUUACGGAUUACUUUACCGACAUCUCCUCUUCCUCGGCGCGGGCGGAGUUGCCACGGCACGCGAAGCAUUGGAUGUCAAAUGAGGAAAACAUCGUAUUUGGAUCGGGUGACGUCAUCACUGUGAUUGUGCAUACAAAGCUGCGUUGCAUUUCGUUUGAACGGAAUGGGCUGUCACUAGGGACACUUUACACGAAUAUUCCACCCAUGGUGAAGGUGCUUUUUCCAUUCGUUGAGCUCUUUAACAAAGACGCCACGGCCCUUUGGAUGUAUCCUCCUCGCGAGAUUGGCAUCCGCGCCCGCUUUACUAUGCGUGCCAUGCUGUAUCACUGGGGGACGGAGCUUGUGCCGAGACUAAAUCAGAUGCUUAGGGCCAAUGACGUGGUGCCGUUGCAAGUCCUUGGAGCUGACGGAGACGAGAUGAGCUUUUGGUACCGAAGCCCUCCACGCAGUGAGUUAAAGGGGUCACGUGUGGUACACCUUGUGCGGCAGAUAGGCUCAAAGGCGGAAGUGGUUCUGGAGGGAGGCACAAAAAGCAUGACGGUUCUGUCAGUAGCGUUGGAGCCUAACUACAAUGCUGUCAUUAGCAAUGAUUUGCCCGUCACCGUGGUGGUGGAGGACCUGCUGCGCAUUGUCUUUAACUCCAUCAGUUUUACCACAAACGCGGAAGGGUGUGAGGGUGUGCAUAUUCAACCAACCAAGGUGUUUCUCUGCGCGUUGCGACUGCUAUCAGAGGUGGAAAUGGUGUCUCUUCUUGAAUGCGACGUUGGAGCGCUUCGAGCAUUGCUGGUCCAAUUCAUACGUAUUCUGGGAGUGCCGGACACCAUUGCUUCGGAGGAGCAGUACAUUGUGCUGGAGGCUUGGAACGAGUUGCUGCUGCUUCCCGAUGACGAUGCGCUUUGGAUUCCGCUCCCCCGCGACAGCAGCUCCCAUGACGAUCUCCUCCUUGAAGGCGGCGAGGCCACGAAACACAGCGAUACAGAUGGCGACGUGGUGCCUGAAAUAUGUCUACGAUGCCCAACCUGUGAUGCAAAAUGGAGCGACUGCACCUCUGAAGGUCAUACAGUUCCCUACAGUCUCUGCUUUACACAACACUGCGUGCUGCAGCGUUUGGGAGUACCAUCACCGUUUACAGGUUUUGUAUGCAGAUGGUCGUUGCCAGGAACUCAGUUUUGCGUGACGAUUCGCGUGGGUCCACGUGGGGAAAUGGAGGGCAAGGGUGAGGAGGCGCGAGGUCUCUUUACGUUUAAGGCAAAGCUGGUCUCAAAUCACUUUAUGCGGGGAAGUUGUGUGUACAAAGAGGCCAAUAACUCCACCGUCCGCGCCCAGUUGGAUGAGGAGUGGACCUGUGAAUUAUGCACUUUCAUUAAUUUGGCGGAUUCCACCCGUUGUGCCAUGUGCACAACUGCCCGCUCAGGUGCGACAUGGACGUGCGUCUUGUGCGGCUACGCCUUUAAUUCGAAGAAUAAUGCUAUCUGCACAACCUGCGGUCAUCAGCACAUGGGAGCCUCAGACACGGACUCCAGGGCGGAAAAGAAGCUCGCCUAUUGUGAGGGCUGCGGGGGUAGCCGGGAGUACACCACGUUUAAUGAUUUUGAUUGCCAUGCUUACUGUGGGCACUGCCAGCGGGAAUCCAGAUGGUUGCCGGAUGAGAAGUACACGGGCUUAAUAGAGGCCACACUUGUGGGUGCUGGUGACACGAUGGAUUGGAAGAUUAUUCUUGGUGACAUCGUCACUAUGUACGCAGGACUGCGCAACGAUGCGUAUUCGCUGGAAGGGAUGCAGCAGGCAGCAGCGGCGGCGUCACCAACUGCGAAUGACCUUUCACGCUAUGUUCCGCCGCUCGUGCAGAUUCGUACGAAUGAAAUCAACACCUUGAGCCCCGCAUCGACACAGCAGCAGCAGGAAGGAGCUGAAAGCUUCCGUGCGGUGGUUCCUGCUAUUCUCUUCUUUUGUAGUCGCAUUGUUUGCCGUUGGGGCCCGGAAAUUGCUCCGCAUCAGCUCUCAAACAAGGACGUCUUGCGCCGCCUCCGCGUGGUGGAUGACGGUUGGUUGGCUGGACUUGAGAGGGUUCCGCAUGAGGCGGCACGAGGUAUUUUUUUCUCUUCCUUACACGUUUUGCUUGCCGGGACGAGCAGUGGGCAGGUGAUACGAUCUCUUUCCUCUGUUACAAGGGUGCUGAUGAACAGUCACGUCACUCUACAAAACCAGCGUCACUACCUGCUUUAUGCUCUUUGCGUGAAUGUGAUGCGGUGCAACGGUGAUCGUGCGGUGCGGGAGGUUUGUUACGCUGCGCUUAACAAGUUAAUUGAAGCGUUCUCUGGGAGGCGACUGAAUGCCAGUCCACUCCGCGACGUGGUGGCUAUCACACCCAUUGUGGCGGAGCAGCAACGACUGAUGGUGCAUGCCUCGCUUCGGGGCGUGGAUGUUUGCACCGGGACAAAUGUGAUUUCCACAAGUUGGCUGAUAAAAGCUGUGGAACGGAUGGAACGAUGUGAACGGCUUCCCGCCAUUUUUGACGAACCAUCGCCCGACAUCUUUCCCUAUCUUGUGGAACUGCCGGACACACGUAUGGGCGAUGGUGGGGAGCUUAUUGUGGGACAAGUGCGGGGUAGUGUUGGGGUGCUUGCCAGCAAGGGCGGUCGCUACUACUAUGAGUUGGUGAUUCCAGCAAACAUUGGCAAUGAUCGAAGCAAGACGAUCGUCAUGGGGUGGGGGACGAUGCAGCAUGAGGUGCUUAGUGGUGGCCAACAUGUCGGCAGUGACAUACAUUCAUGGGGUUUUAAUUGCCAGGACCGACUGCGCGUGCUAACAGGUGAGCAGGCGAUUCCCACCCCACGCCCUAUUGUUGGCAGUGACGUUAUCGGCGCGCUACUUGAUCUUGAUGCGAUGAUGAUGUGCUGGAGCGUGAAUGGUGAGCAGCUGAUGUGGGUCACUGUCUCGACACAGGGCAAGGGGGAGGCGAUUUACCCGUUUGUCAGCGCCUCCGUAGACCCAUUUGGGGUUGUGGUGCGGCUUGGGCAUACUCAGUUUAAGCCGGACGGGUACGAAGAAUUCAGUCCAUUUUCUAACGAAAUGGCACGACGGAAGAGCCACGUUAAGCCGCAAUCGUACGAGUUCUACGUGCAGCUAUGUAAUCUUGGUAACGACAUUGUCAACUGCGGCUUCACACUGGACGCGUUGCUGGAGACAAGCGCGUGGUUUGAUCAGGCACAGGCGUUGAUGGUGCAGUACCCGCUCCUCGCUGCGGAGGUGGCAGGCAACUCACUGGAGUGGUUGCGGCCCUACCUUCAACACCUGCGCUCCAUCAACUUUUUGGCGAUAAGUGUGGCGAAGAGCCACGACAUUUUGCGGAAUUCACCCUACCUAAUGCGCAGUUACCAAAAGACGCGUCAACUGUUGUUUUUCAGUGCACGUUGGGCCAUCGUAGAGCGACAAAUAGAACGUCGUUUGAUUCGCAGCAGCCUGCGGCACCAGCGUGAGGUGAUGAUUGAUCUUAACCGUGCCAAGGCGAUGGCGCAGAGCAGUGAGAGCCUGGACUUUAUGACACGCUUCGAGGGAUCGAUCACAGGGCAGCUGUUUCGACAGACGAAGGAGGCGGACAUUUACCUGGACACCAUUAUGUUUGUGGUCAGCCUGGCUGGGGAGGUGGCUGAUGACGCGGGCGGCGUGACACGCUCUGUGGUCACCAUGAUGUGCGAUGAGUUGAACUACCGCGAGGAGGACGGCGGCCGUCGCGUGGACCCCAUGCUGCCCUUCUUUCGCUUGACGGGCCACACAACGAUAGUGAGUGUGGUUCCAAACAUGGAAUUUUACCGAGAGAACCCUGAGCAUCGUCUCUUGUUUGUCGAGUUUUUUACGUGGCUCGGAAAAUUGCUCGGCAACGCGACGAUGAGCGGGUACCUCAUGUUUUCUCUCACCUUUCCGCGUCUGACGUGGAAGUUUCUCACCUUUGACACGCCCACUAUUGAGGACUACUACGCCGAAAUUGAUGACACCGUGCGUGGGGCACUUAAUGAUGAUGCAUUUCUGCUGAACGACGAUUUUUUUAACUCUAUCCCUGGCAUUGCGUGGCAGGAUGAGAGCGUGACAGACACGCUGGGGAUGAUGUGCUCCGCCCGCGUAUACCCUGUCAAGACGCCUGGGCGGAGCUCGGUGGACCUGACAACGAUUGCUCCAGCCGACAAUAACGAGGAGAACGUCACCGCAGCGCAGCGCCGCAGGGAGGCCGAACGGGCAUUGCUGCAUCAGUAUGACGAGUUAUUACUUGCCAUGUUGUCUGGUAUUACGUUUGUCAUACCGGUCAACUCGCUGCAGCUUAUCCGCUGGGACGAUUUACAGCAGCGCGUGUGUGGCAACUCCUGCACCACGGCGGAGGACGCCAUCUCCUCGCUAAACCUCUCCCUGCUAUCUGAGGAACUCCGUCACAUGCUGAAGGAGGUUCUGCGUGGCUGGACACCGAAGCAACGUUCACAGUUUCUGCUUUUUUGCAGCGGCCAGCGGCGGAUUCCGCUACCCGAAAAGGUACAGGUGACAUGCGGCGACGACCCCGACGCGGUCCCAACCGCCCACACCUGCUCGCCCAUCUCACUGCUGCUACAACCGUACUCCUCCGUCUCCGUCUUGCGCGAUAAGCUGGAGGUUUGCCUUCGGCACGUUUAUGAAUUUGGAUUCGUAUGA